GAAAUGAAAACUGGAGAUCUGCCUCAGAAUCCAAACAUUAGGAGGUUGAUAGACAGGAGGUUUGAUUCUUUCAAGACAUGGUCGGGGAAACUCGAAAAACAGAUCACGCACCUGCGGGGAAAGACGCCGAGACAGACUGGACCAGAGGAUGUUGUCCUGCAGAAUUCGGAGUUUGAAACUAUACCGGUCGACCGUUACUAUGAUGCACUGGAAGGGCCAGAGUUGGACACCCUUAGGGCAUCAGAGGAAAUACUGCUUCCAGAAGACAAGAAAUGGCCAUUUCUUCUAAGGUUUCCCAUCUCUUCAUUUGGUAUUUGCCUUGGUGUGAGCAGCCAAGCUAUCAUGUGGAAAACCCUUGCCACCUCUGCUUCCACAAAGUUUCUCCAUUUGAGCCUAACAAUAAACCUUAUCCUCUGGUACAUCGCUAUUGCUCUAGUUGUGGCCGUCUUCUCCAUCUACCUUCUCAAAGUGAUCUUGUACUUCGAAGCGGUUCGUCGCGAGUACUAUCACCCCAUCCGUGUCAACUUCUUCUUUGCCCCGUGGAUCUCGCUCUUGUUCUUAGCUCUCGGAGUCCCACCUUCGGUUGCGAAGACCUUACACCCGGCUCUUUGGUACAUCAUGAUGACUCCAAUCUUUUGCCUUGAGCUUAAGAUCUAUGGACAGUGGAUGUCAGGAGGCCAAAGGAGGCUCUCCAAAGUGGCUAAUCCUUCAAACCAUCUCUCAGUUGUUGGAAACUUUGUUGGCGCAUUGUUGGGUGCUUCAAUGGGGCUAAAAGAAGGGCCCAUUUUCUUCUUUGCUGUUGGGUUAGCUCACUACACGGUGCUCUUUGUCACUCUCUACCAAAGACUCCCAACAAAUAAGACACUCCCAAAGGAGCUCCAUCCGGUUUUCUUUCUCUUCGUCGCGGCGCCUAGUGUCGCCUCCAUGGCGUGGGCCAAGCUCAAGGGCUCCUUCGACAAUGGAUCGCGAAUAGCCUACUUCAUUGCCUUGUUCCUUUAUUUCUCACUGGCUGUUCGGGUUAACUUCUUCAGAGGAUUCAAAUUCUCACUAGCUUGGUGGGCAUACACUUUUCCAAUGGCUGGUGCUGCAAUUGCAACAGUCAAGUACUCAAAUGAAGUAACAAACGUUGUAACUCAAGCCCUGGCAGUCCUACUUUCCGCGGCGUCCACGCUUACGGUUUCGGCUCUCCUCAUAACAACUAUAUUGCACGCCUUUGUGCUCAGAGACCUUUUCCCUAAUGACAUUGCCAUUGCCAUUAGUGACCGAAGGCCUAAACCGCAUAGGAAGUGGUUCAACAUCAGAAACUUGAGCUCAGAAUACUCCAAGGACAUUGAGCAUUACUUGAAGUUCAGAGACUCGGAAGAAAAGGACUUCGAAGCUUCUGUGAAGCCUCCAGGCUCUGAGGCAGAAAGUGUUUAA